AGCGACUAAGUUUCUUCCUUGACCAAAUUUCCAUGUGUAAUACGCAGAAUUCAGCCGGAAAUUUCCAUGUAUUCUUAAUCGUUAUGGCUUCUGUUAUUAUCCCAGAAGAUGGAAGUGGCCUUUCAGUUUCUUUCAUCCGUGAUCUAGCUUUCGUGGGAUGAAAUGCUCCCCUACAGCUGCGACACCCGAUACCAAUCCCUCUACUGUUUCGGUGAAAACAUGAAGGAGGGUCUCAUAGAAGCCGCCAAGAUCAUCGGAUGGUUUCUGAUGGCGCGAAUGAUACUCGGCGUUGUUGUUUUGUUGGGUUUCUGUUGCUACAAACUGUACUGGAAAAAGUUCCCCAAGCAUGAAGAAGCUGAAGAAUACUUCCUUGCUUGCAAGAAUCCAAUAACAAGGUGCUACUCGGAUAUUAAGGAAAUGACGAUUGAGUUAACAAUUAAAGUCAGACAGGAAGGCCUCCUGAAUGAUGCAGUUCAAGAAUUCCUGGAUGCAUGCAAGAACGUUAGGAUAAUAAAGUACUUUUACGCAGAAGCCAAGAUGAUUGUAGUUUAUUUAAAACAACUGAGUCAAGGAGUGUAUUCGAAAAAAUUCCGAAAGGAUGAGGCAGUUGAAGAAUUCUUGGAUGCAUACAAGAAUCUUAUGCCGAGAAGGUAUUCGUAUUCAGAUAUUAAGAAGAUUACAAUCGACCUAAAACAUAAACUCGGUCAGGGGGGCUUUGGUUCCGUCUUCAAAGGAGAGCUUUCGGGUGGUCAUCUUGUUGCAGUCAAGGUGUUGAGUGGCUCCAAAGGUGAAGGGCAAGAUUUCAUCAGUGAAGUAGCCACAAUCGGAAGAAUUCAUCAUGUCAAUGUGGUGCAACUAAUUGGAUUUUGUUCUGAGGGAUCCAAAAGAGCUCUUGUUUACGACUUCAUGCCUAAUGGAUCCCUCGAAAAACAUAUAUUUUCGGAGAAGGAAACAGGCGUUGUUCUUGAUUGGGAUAGAAUGCAUGAGAUAGCUCUUGGGGUGGCUCAUGGGAUCGAAUAUCUGCACCAGGGAUGUGAUAUGCAAAUCCUGCACUUCGACAUCAAGCCUCACAACAUUCUUCUCGACGGAAACUACACUGCUAAAAUUUCCGACUUUGGUCUUGCGAGACUUUACCCUAGAGAUCAUAACACUCUUUCUCUUGCUGCUCCAAGAGGCACCAUGGGAUACAUAGCUCCAGAAAUGUUCUACAGAAUCCUCGGAAGCGUUUCGUACAAAGCUGAUGUUUAUAGCUUCGGAAUGCUGCUAAUGGAAAUGGCCGGUCGGAGGAAGAACUUGAAUGCACAUGCACAAAAUUCAAGCCAAAUAUACUUCCCUUCCUGGAUUUAUGAUCAGGUAGAAAAGGGAUUGAGUGUUGAAAUUGUGGAUGCCUGUGAGAACGAUAAGAAAGUAGCCAAGAAGAUGUUCAUGGUUGCGUUGUGGUGCAUACAAUUGAAGCCGGCGGAUCGCCCUUCCAUGAGCAAAGUCGUAGAGAUGCUUGAAGGUGAAGUCGAAGCCCUACAGAUGCCUCCGAGACCUUUCUUCUGUCCCCAACAGUUGCCGACGGAGGAUCCGCCUGGUGGCACGGACAGUGAAGAGGAAACGAUCUCCAUGGUAUAAGGCAAAUGCAAUGCCGAAUUCCACGACUUCCGUGUUGUAUCACCGAAGUCGAGGAUUCUUAGUCUUUUAUAAGAAACAUUUUAAUUGUGUUCA